UUCUUUUUAACAAAAUUAUCAAUCAAAUUAAAUAUCAUUUAAAAAUAAAUCAAACAAAUUAUUCAAUAAUUAUUAUUUUAAUUUAUUUUAAUUUAUUUUAAUAAACUAACAGUUCGUAUUCUUUUUUACAAAAUUAUCAAUCAAAUUAAAUAUCAUUUAAAUACAAAUCAAACAAAUUAUUAAAUAAUUAUUAUUAUUUUUUAUUUUAAUGCAUUAAAACCCUACCUUUUUGUUCACGCUAAAUCGAUUUCACAAAACGCCUUUUCGCCUUCGUGCUCGUCGAGUCGUCGAGGAUCUCCUGCUCCCUCUCAACAGGUAAGCCUUCUCGCCUGCCGAUUUCUUUGUUAUUGCUUCUCACCAUUGCCGCGAUUUCUUCUCCCCUGUUCAUGAUACUCCAUGGCGUCCCUAGCUUCUCUGCCGCGAUUUUUCUCUCCUGUGCAUCUUGCUCGCCGAGUCGCCGAGGAUCUCCUGCUCCCUCUCAACAGAACAAAUUUGAAUAUGAAAAGACAAACUUGGUGAUGGCGGAGGUAGAGCGGCUUGCCAUGAGAGCUAUUCGAGAAGGAAGGUGUAAGAUGAGGAGGCAUUGGAAACAACUCGGGGGAUUUGGAAAUAAAGAUUCACCAAAAAGGAAGCCGUACAAGGGAGAAAUAUCUGAAAAGAAUAUUAAUAAUCGGUUUAAUAGGCCACUUGAAGGUGCACAUGGAUCGAAAACUUUGGUUCAACAUUAUCACACAGCUGCUGAUCCUGUGACGGGAGAGCUUCCCAGUGUGAUUGACACAUUCGAGAAAUUUUUUCAUAAAGGAGGACAAUGGAAGAAUGAUUGGGCUGCACAAAAACAUGAUGAAAUGGUAGAUCUUCGAUUGACUCAAUCAGAAAGUGAAGAGUUCACCUCUACGGUGGAUAAUGUAUGCCAGCCAAAGGAUGUCAAUAUCAUGACGCAAGUCUUAGGCUCACGGUCUCGUUAUGUGAAGGGUUUAGGUCCAUUACCUAAACUAUCUGUAGUGGGUGGUUCUAGAGCCACAAACAUCAGUUCAAAAUAUCAUGAUGAUUAUGGAAAAUUUGUAACUAUGCAGAAAACAAUCGAUGAACAGAAUCUGACUAUACAUGAGCAGGAUCAAAAAUUUGAAGCAUUAUUGCACCAACUUCAACAGGUCAUUCUUGGCUUCUCAUUACAGCCUCCACCAACAUGCUCUUCAAUUCGACCUCCUCCACCACCUCCCCCGCCUCCAUCAUCGACUAUGUAGUUAUUUAUUUUGUAACAUUAUGUAAUGUGCAUUUCGCUACUUAUAUGUUCUUUUGGAUAAUAUUUGACAGCUAGUUGUGUUCAUGUUUUAAAAAUA